UAAUAAAGGAGAGAUAAUCACAGGAUUCUCCAAGACAGCACACACAUUCAAGGUAAAAAUAUAUGCAAUCUGAAAUUGAGUACUAACAGCAGAGAGCAUUGAGCUGGUCAAAGAACCACAUCGAACAAAUAGAAAUAUAGAAUAGCAACACUAGAAGAGGCCCACAUACUCAUUAUUGAAAAGUAUAAUUUCACAUUAAUUGUUAUGUGUGUAAUGUUGGGUUGGUCCCCCUAGCAGCAUAAACUUGAUUAUUUUUCAUUUGAUGACUCAUUUUUUUGUCCCUUCCCUUUGUAUAUAUAGACCAAGUCUUUUCCUACACCCUUUCUGACUCUCAAACUCCUCAACAUUCCAAUCUUCCUCUUGAUCAAUCUGCUUGUUUUGAAGGAUGGCUGAGCGAAUUUCAUAUGGCCUUACUCAAAGCAUCAUCAAAAGCUUGGCCUCUGAGGCCUAUCGUGAAUUUCGACAGAUAUAUGGUGUUAAGCAUGAGGUGGAUAGGCUUCGGGAGACAGUUGAAUCCAUCAAAGCUGUGCUUCUUGAUGCUGAGGAGAAGCAAGAACAAAACCAUGCUGUACAAAACUGGAUUAGAAGACUCAAUGAUGUGCUUCAUCCUGCUGAUGACUUGCUAGAUGAAUUUGUUAUUGAAGAUAUGAGACACAAAAUGGAAGUACAGGAAAAGAACAAAGUGUCGCAGGUAUUGCAUUCCUUAUCUCCAAACAGAAUUGUUUUUCGCCGUAAAAUGGCUCACGGAAUUGAAAAAAUACGAAAGAGUUUUAAUGAUGUAGUGGAUGAAAUGACUAAGUUGAAUUUGAGCCAAAAUGUUGUGGUGGUUAGGCAAACUAAAGAAGUCAGGAGAGAAACUAGCUCUUUUGUAUUAGAAUCAGAUAUCAUUGGUAGAGAAAAUAACAAAAAAGAGAUUAUAAAUUUGUUGAGACAACCACAUAGAAACCACAAUGUAUCCUUGAUUGCUAUUGUUGGUAUUGGUGGUUUAGGAAAGACAGCUCUUUCUCAGUUGAUAUAUAAUGAUGAAGAAGUGCAAAGUUUAUUUGAAAAGAAGAUGUGGGUAUGUGUCUCUGAAAACUUUGAUGUCAAAACUAUUUUGAAGAACAUAUUGGAGUCAUUAUCGAAUGGAAAAGUCGAUGAAAACUUAUCAUUAGACAACUUGCAAAGUAACCUCCGCCAAAAUUUAUCUGGAAGAAAGUACUUGUUAGUCCUAGAUGACAUUUGGAACGAGAGUCAUCAUAAAUGGAUUGAAUUGAGAACUUACUUGAUGUGUGGUGCUGAAGAUAGUAAGAUUCUAGUGACGACUCGUAGUAAAACUGUGGCUCAGACAAUGGGUGUAUGUGACCCUUAUGUUUUAAAUGGCUUGACUUCGGAAGAAUCAUGGGGUUUGUUAAAGAACAUCAUUACAUAUGGGAAUGAGGUCGAAAGAGUGAACCAAACUCUUGAAUCAAUUGGUAAGAAGAUAGCAGAAAAAUGCAGUGGAGUUCCAUUAGCUAUUAGAACACUAGGAGGCCUAUUACAAAGUAAAAGUAAAGAGAGUGAAUGGAACAAUGUCUUGCAAGGUGACUUUUGGAGAUUAUGCGAGGACGAAAAUAGCAUCAUGCCUGUUCUAAAACUGAGUUAUCGAAGCUUGUCGCCUCAACAGAGACAAUGUUUUGCAUAUUGCUCUAUAUAUCCUAAGGACUGGGAAAUAGAGAAGGAUGAGUUGAUUCAACUGUGCAUUGCACAAGGUUAUCUCAAUUUUUCACCUGAAAUUAAGGUCAUGGAAGAUUUUGGUAACCAAUUCGUGAAGGUUUUCUUGACAAAAUCAUUUUUCCAAGAUGCAAAAAUGGAUGGAGAUGGGGAUAUAUAUAGUUUCAAAAUGCAUGAUUUAAUGCAUGACCUUGCAAUGCAAGUAGCUGGCAAAGAUUGUUGUUCCUUGGAUGGCGAGGCAAAAGAACUAGUUAGCAGACCCAUGCAUGUAUCCUUGCAACAUAAUGACAUUGAUUUGUUGAGCUCAUUGGAUGCUAGCAGGCUCAGAACUUUGGUUUUAUUGUCCUCGUCUCCCUAUUGGACAGGAUUGGAUGGGGAGGAAUUGUCGGUUAUUUCAAAUUUCAAAUACUUGCGCGUCUUGAAACUGUCAGAUUCUUCUUUAACCAAGCUAUCUGGUUCAAUUGGAAAAUUAAAGCAUUUAAGAUGCCUUAACUUAUAUGAUUGCAGGGCUUCAAUAGAUAUUUUCAAAUCCAUAAGCAAUCUUGUUUUCCUAAAAUCAUUGAAAUUGCGAAUAAGUGAAAUCGCUAUCAAUGAGUUUAACGCGAGCGGUAUUCAUAAUUCAAACUGGCUUUCUUCACUAACAAAUAUUGUUGAAAUCUCUAUCACUUCUUGUGGAACUUUGCGGUUUCUCCCCUCAUUGGAACGUCUCCCAUUCCUUAAGUCACUUCAUAUAAGUUCCCUUAGAUGUCUGACUUACAUACACUAUGAAAAGCCUAUUUUUCCUGAAAAAUUCUUCCCAUCUUUAGAGAGCCUCAGGUUGGAGGAUUGCUCAAGCUUUAUGGGAUGGUGUAUAGGAGGUGUUUUUUACUCUUCACAGUCACGUGAUCUAUCCUUCCAUCCCUUUCCUCUUCUUUCUCAUUUAUCAAUCACAGGAUGUCCAAUGCUGACUUGCAUGCCUGCUUUUCCAAAACUUGACAAGAUUUUGGAGUUAAACUGUAGUAAUAUGAAUGCACUCUAUACAACAUUAGACAAUCAGAGCCUCUCAUUGCCUCCUCUUUCCAAGCUCAAAUCUUUGUGUAUCGGUGGAGAACUAAUUGAUGUCGGUAACAUCCCAGAGAAUUGGAUGCAAAAUCUUACUUCUCUCCAACAUCUUCAAAUUGAAUGUUUUUCAAGUAAACAAUUUCAUGACACUGCUAUUUGGUUUAGUGACGGCUUCAACUGUCUUCCUUCUCUACAAAAAAUCACCUUACAACAUUGUGAUGACCUAAAGACAUUCCCUGAUUGGAUUUGUAGCCUCUCAUCGCUUCAACAUGUGAUCAUAAGGUAUCUCACAUGUUUAGCAUCGGCACCUGAAGGAAUGUCUCAUCUUACCAAAUUACAGACCCUAGAAAUCAUUGCUUGUCCCCUCUUAGUUAAAGAAUGCGCCACACAAACGAGUGCAACUUGGUCCAGAAUUGCUCACAUCCCAAACAUAAUCUUAAGGGAUUUCAUUUAGAAAGAUAAUAUUCUUCUGUCUUGUUUUAUGGUCAUCAAAGAUGCAAAAAGGCCUAUGGAGAGAGAACAUAUACAUCCAUCAAAGAGGAAGUUUCGAAAUGUUUGGAGUUUGUUAGUGCUAUAAAUAUAUCCUCAGGAGUUGAUACCUUUGUCAAUAUCCUCUUUUCAAACUCUUAUGAAGUUGUAUGAUCAAUUGUUGGUGUUACUUGUUUCUGCUAUGCCUGUAUAGCUGGUUUGCAAUUUGAGGAGAAGCUUUGCAA